AUGGAAUCCUUCCAUCGCCCGAGCCACCCCUCUGCCUGCAGGUCGAAGUGGUACAGCAGUUUCCACUGCAACUCAAGUCUUGAACUCCACUACUACGCCGGUAUCCUGAAUGCCAUCCACGACGUACUGAUCCCCUGCCUCCCACAGCGGAUCAUCUGGAAUCUGCAUCUCGUCGCCCGCAAGAGACUGGCCGUGGGCAUAUCCUUUAUUGGAUUUGUCGCCAGUUUGAUGGGGAUCUCGAAGAUUGCGUACAUUCAAGGUGACAAGCCAGAUUCGUGUAGGCUUAUCAACCCUAAACCACCACUAAAAUGCUUCCUAACCCUCCAUCUGCUCCUGUCACCCCGCCAUCCCAUAUUUAUUUCACCAUGUCCGACUGGACAAUUUCCAUCAGCUCUAAACCUUGGUCCGGAGUCUCAACAACUCAAAGGACACAGGGAUCAACAACAGCAGGAACAACUCGCGGUAUCCCCCUCCGAAGGCACGUCGACGGAUGCCAUUACCGAACUGGCAAAGCCAUCUGCGGAGGUGGCUUACCUUCCUCGUACGGAUGUUCUUCUUACUUUGUUGUCUCUUUUGGUGUUUAUUUGUGGGCAAGGGGAGGGGGACACACCCCGCGCGGAGCGUAGAAAGAAGAGGAGACAAAACAAAACAGUUGGGAUAAGUGGAAGAAAGGGCUACCCUGUCAAUAAUGUAGAGUCUGAGUUUCAAUGUUACAGAGGCUGGCCGACGGUUACAGCCACCCCAAUGGAUUGGAUACGGUUUCAUGCCGCGUAUGAUACUGCCUGGGUGGCCAUGAUGCGCAAGGUGGCAGACGGUUCCCCUUCUGAAUGGCUCAUCCCAUCAUCGUUAAACCAUCUUCCGACGACUCAGUCGUCCGACGGUGGGUAG